CUUCAGUUCCCUCCGCGCCGCUGCCGGCGGUUUCCGCCCAGCUCCUUUGUGCCGCGCAGAACGCUGCGACGACGCAUGCGCGCUAGGCCCCGGCCGCGGCGUAUAUAAGCGCGGUCCCGGGCGCUUCCUGCUAGAGCCGCUCGGACCGUUGGCGAGCGAGGGCGUUCUGCGCUUGCGAGUCCCUCGAGCCGUGUGCGCUGAGCUGAGGCGGCAGGGCACGCGGGCAGGUCAUCAUGUCGCGUUACGGACGGUAUGGAGGAGAAACCAAGGUGUAUGUUGGUAACCUGGGAACUGGUGCUGGCAAAGGAGAGUUAGAAAGGGCGUUCAGUUAUUAUGGGCCUUUAAGAACUGUAUGGAUUGCGAGGAAUCCUCCAGGAUUUGCCUUCGUGGAAUUUGAAGACCCUAGGGAUGCAGAGGACGCUGUUCGAGGACUGGAUGGAAAAGUGAUUUGUGGUUCCCGAGUGAGGGUUGAGCUAUCCACAGGCAUGCCCCGGAGGUCACGUUUUGAUAGGCCACCUGCCCGACGUCCCUUUGAUCCCAAUGACAGAUGCUAUGAAUGUGGUGAAAAGGGACAUUAUGCUUAUGAUUGUCAUCGCUAUAGCCGACGAAGAAGAAGCAGGUCGAGGUCUAGAUCACAUUCACGAUCCAGAGGCAGGCGGUAUUCCCGCUCACGCAGCAGGAGCAGGGGACGGAGGUCGAGAUCGGCAUCACCCCGACGGUCAAGAUCUGUGUCUCUCCGCAGAUCGAGAUCAGCUUCGCUCAGGAGGUCUAGGUCUGGUUCUAUAAAAGGAUCGAGAUCUCGAUCAAGAUCAAGGUCAAGAUCCAGGUCUCUUUCUCGGCCAAGAAGCAGCCGAUCAAAGUCCAGAUCUCCAUCUCCAAAAAGAAGUCGUUCCCCAUCAGGAAGUCCUCGCAGAAGUGCAAGUCCAGAAAGAAUGGACUGAAGUUCAAGUUCACCCUUUAGGGAAAAGUUAUUUUGUUUACAUUAUUAUAAGGGAUUCGUUAUGUCUGUAAUGUAAAACUUAGGAAGGAUAUUUCAACCAUCUAAUCAAAAUGGAUCUGGGUUAUUACUCUGUAAAUUCACAGCAGUAAGAUAAUAUACAUUUUUGUUGAAUGUAUUAACAUCCUAUGGUCUGAAAUGUGGGUUUUUAUUUGGCACAUUUAAAUAAAAUGUUUCUAACUAGA